ACUUUAUUUAGAAUUAUAAAAGCAGAUCUGAAAGGGAGCGAUUGGAUCUGCUGUGUAUAUAUAGACUGAUGAAGGGCGCGGAAGUUCAGGAGCAAACAUGCAGCCAGUUGCAGCCCAAUUACCCAAGGUCCAAAGAGCUUCUUUCUCUGUGGAGGAUAUUUUGGAUCCGUCUAAGUUUAACAGGACUUUUAUCUCUGCUGGGGAGGAAUCAGACACAGAAAAUCGUGAUCUGAACGAUGGAGAUGGAAAGACGGAGGAGUCGGUGCGUAACAGGCAGAGGGGGAAGUCCUCACCACCCCAGGGGGAGAAGAGCCGUCGGAUCCGCACCGCCUUCACUCUGGAGCAGCUGCAGGUUCUGGAGCACAGCUUCCAGAGGAGCCACUACCUGUCGGUGCUGGAGCGGCACACCAUCGCCGCGGCCCUCCGCCUGUCCGAGACUCAGGUCAAGAUCUGGUUCCAGAACAGGCGCACCAAGUGGAAGAAGGAGCAGCUGACUGUGCAGCGAGCUUUUACACCGGCGCUCCCGCCCCUGUCCUCCGCCUGCAGGCCCCUGUGCGGGCCCCUGUACGGCCUGCAAGGCCCUCCGCUCCGGCUGCUUCCCACUGUGCCUCUCAUGCCCUACAGAUGCUGCUAUACCUGAUGCGUAAAAGCGCGCAAAACGGACCAGAAAAAAACUGAGUAGAAAAUAUUUGA